CACAUGAGCAAAAAACAUUGUUUUUUUUAUCCAAUUGUAUUUUUUAUUGAUAUAUUUCUUAAGUGUAGCAAGUUUUUUGUUAGUUCUUUUUCAAAAUUUGAUUUAAAAAAACAAAAAACAAGAAAGUCUGAAUAAAUUCUGGACAAUGACUUCUACUAUUUCUCCCGAUAUUCCUUCAAUGACAUCAAGAAAAUUGGAUUGUCUCAAUGACAGCUCACAGAAAUUACUGUGUACAAAACCAAAAAAGAAUGUUAUCAAUGAGUGUACCUGUACCCAAAAUUGUGUACCUAAGAGGGACCCAUUUUACAAGGAGGAAGUUUAUAAACUACUCCACGACCCCGAAGUCUACAAUCCUUUUAAGGAUAAGAAUGUCGUACCUGAAAAUAUACACUCUUUUUUGAAAUGUGCCAUCAAAGAAAAGAUUUACAAGCAGAGGAGGAAAAGAUCGAGGAUUCCGAGGCAGAGGUACAGGGGGGACAAGAUUGAAAUGGCCGCGGGAGAUCCAGAAAGACUAAGUAGAGGUGUCGUAAGGAUUUUGAGAUUCUUAAAACCAGUCGAAAUCGGUCCGAGCAACCAGAAACGCCCUCAAGUUGAACCAGUACGUUUAGAAGUAAAUGUACCCGUAGUCUAUCCAGAUCUGGAAGAGGAGAGAUACUCUGAUAUACAAGAAGUUUUAGAUGGCGUAUUCCCACCUAUCGAGUGGAUUCAAAAUAAUAAGCUUUAUAAAAGACAGGUUUCGCCGUACCCAGCCCAUGUCCUAGAUAUAAAAGAUUUGUCCAAAUAUGUAGAUUAUCGAAUUGGCCAGUGCAAAGUUAAAAAUUCCGGCGUCUGUGAAGGGCGAUAUCGCCUGUUUUUGGACGUUUUUGAUGAACUGGUGCGCCAGGAGAUAAUUGCAUGUCCAGAAAGGGGUUUGCAGCUUGCACGUGUAAGAGAUGACGUGAUACAAAGGAUUGAAGUCUACAAAGAGCUGUUCGAAGAAUGCGAUGCAAAAUUGUCAAGAAUCUUUCACUUAGUCGAGCUUGGCGCUGAAGAAAUAAUGGAGGAAAUCAACACUCUCAAGCAUGAGAAUUUAGUGCUUGAAAAUUUUGUCAUAUGUAGGACAAUUUAUUACGAAGAGUUGUUGAAGGAUAUCACACUGUUGAAGAAUAUCGAUCAAGACCAUGGAUACAAGGACCUUAAAUAUUACGAAGAUCUCAAUGAACGUCUUAGAUUUAUCAUGAAUUCGGUUCAUCAAUAUGGUCGGGAUGAGCUUUACCGAGAUUACGAGGCUUAAAUAGAUAAAAUAAGAGAAUCAUAUACUGAGAAAAAAACGUGUAUUAUUACAUCUUUUCGCAGCUGCAAAUAAAAUGGUCGAUUUUUUAUCGUUUCGAGUAGAAAA